CAUACUUCAUGCUUUACGGUUGAGAUAAUAAUCGGUGUAUGGUCUCGCGAUGUUUGACGGUUAAGCGCUCCUGCAGAAAAAGGACUUGACACACAUGUCAACAAAUAAGAUAAAUUAAUACUAGCUAGCAACACAGGCAUGCCAAGGUGUGCGAGUGUAGAAUAGGCUGACCUCUCGCUGCACCUAUAGGUCCUCUGCUGUCUCUAUGACCACCCCUCCCAUAGUGGCGUUCGCCGGGCAGCAGGCUCAGGCUGCCCGUGAUGUCAACACGGCGUCGCUCUGUCGCAUUGGCCAGGAGACGGUGCAGGAUAUCGUCUUACGCACCAUGGAGAUCUUCCAGCUGUUGAGGAACAUGCAGCUGCCAAAUGGAGUGACGUACCACCCCAGCACCCACCAGGACAGGCUGGGCAAACUGCAGGAGCACCUGCGUAUGCUCUCUGUACUCUUCCGCAAGCUGCGCCUCGUCUACGACAAAUGUAACGAAAACUGCACCGGUCUGGACCCCGUACCCCCAGAGCAACUCAUCCCCUACGUGGAGGACGACAGCUCCAAACACGAUGAGCGCUUGGCCAGCCAGGCCCGCCCGGCAACAGAGGAGAGGAGAGAAAUCCUGGAGGUUAACAAGAAGCUCAAACAGAAGAACCAACAGCUGAAGCAGAUAAUGGACCAGCUCAGAAACCUCAUCUGGGAGAUAAACUCCAUGCUGGCUGUUAGGAGUUGAACGGCAAACACGGCGACACAGAGAGAGAGACACACAGGCGCAGGCGCACACACACACACACACACACACACACACACACACACACACACACACACACACACACACACACACACACACACACACACACAUGAAGACAUGGUUGUUAACUGGAUAUCUGACAGGGUCCCUCUGAGGCUGAUGCUGACGCUGCACUUUAGAAAUGCAGGCUUUUGCAAUAUACCACCCUCAGUCCCAGAAAAAGAGGGUGAAGAAAGCAAAGAAGAACGAAGAGAAGUUGUGCGAUGGAGAAAUGCUGAUAUACACUCACCGUACAGUUUAUUAGAUACACCCAUUUAGUAACAGGUCGGACGCUCCUUUGCCUCCAGAACAGCCUGAAUUCUUUGGCGUAUUCUACAAGUUGUCUGGAAACGUUCCACAGGGAUGUUGGUACAUGCUGACGCGAUGGCAUCAUGCAGUUGCUGCUGAUUGAAUUGGCGGUACAUUCAUUGUACAUAAUAAACUGUCCGAUGAGUGUACCGUAAUUUCCGGACUAUAAGCCGCUACUUUAUUCCCACGCUUUGAACCUCGCGGUUUAUACAAUGACGCGGCUAAUUUAUGGAUUUUUCCCGCUUUCACAAGAUUCAUGCCGCCAAAAAACUGAGCACCGUCACAUAAUGUGACGUAAAUCGAGCGCGCUCAAACUUCCCAUCGUUCUGAUUACGGUAGUAAUUGUGUCACCCUCAUCAUGGCAAAGACACGGAGAAAUGCAUAUGAUGCAGCUUUCAAGUUGAAGGCGAUCGAUCUGGCUGUUGGAAAAGGAAAUAGAGCUGCUGCAUGGGAGCUUGGCCUUAAUGAGUCGAUGAUAAGACGUUGGAAACAGCAGCGUGAGGAACUGACUCAGUGCAAAAAGACAACAAAAGAUUUCCGACGGAUGAAAAGCAGAUGGCCCAAAGUAUUUGCAGCCACUCGACAUCAGUGUAAAUCGUGCAUUUAAGGUGGUGCUCCGUGUUCAGUGGGAGGCUUGGAUGACAAGUGGGGAGAAAUCCUUCACUAAAACGGGCCGCAUGCGAAGAGCAACUUAUGGUCAAGUCUGCCAGUGGGUCCUGACAGCGUGGAGCAUUGUCAAAAAAUCCACUAUCAUCAACGGGUUUCGAAAGGCUGGACUGCUGCGUGUUGAAGGGGCAGCAUGAGCUCAGCGGGGUAUUUGCCUCCGGAUGAAAGUGACGAGAGCGACAAUAAUAAUAAUAAUAAUAAUAAUGAAAAUGAUCCAACAUCAGAUGAAGCAAUUCUGAGGCUAUUCAACUCCGACACCGUACUGACAUGUGCGGCUUAUUUAUGUACAAAAUAUAUAUUUUUUAAUAAUUCAGUGGGUGCGGUUUAUAUUCAGGUGCGCUUAAUAGUCCAGCAAUUACGGUAGUUGUCGCUUACAAUAUGGUUAUUAAGAGGACUUUCAGAGUUAUAGUUUAUUUAAUAUACUAAGAUAUUUGACAAAUACUACAUUUACCCAUUUAGAGUGGUUUUAACGUUCGAUUUCCUUCAAGAUGUGUUUGUUACAUUCCUAAACCAUUUUAACUCAAAUGAUAUACAUGAUGACAUGUUUGUGGUGAAGAAGAGCACAGAUCUGUGCAAAAAUACCAUUAAAAAAAAUCAUAAGGCACAUUGCUGAAAAAAAGUUUUAAAUUAAAUCACUGCUAGCUAGAUUGAGGUCUCCAGUUUCUCCCCCCCCACACAUAGAUCUGUUCUCUUUUGCACCAUGAACAUGGUACAGUGUAGUGAAACGAAAGAGUUUUGUGCUUCUGCUUUUCAUGUGUGGUUGGCUGCUUGAUGUUGACGUGUCAAUGCAGUAUCUUCUGGACUUUAUGAUUAUCACAAUGUCUGGUUAACUUUAGGAAUUCUAUGGCACUAUAAAUCCUGCUGUGAUUUAGACCAACACUGUUUCUUUCUGUUCUAUUUUCAUAUCUGUGGGGCUCACUGCUCACGAGAACAGCCAGAUUAAGUAGGGACGUCCGUGGUCUUUGUGGUCUUUUUGGAUUGUCCCCAGGCUUGAAACACUUUUUUUUAUUACAGGCAGAAACAGUGACAGCCCAGCCAAUAAGAGACAUAAGCAGCUGAUUAGGGCCCCGUGGUUGCUAGGGGCCCCCGACCCUUGGAUUGAAUGCCAGUGUUAUGAUACUGAUGAUUUGACAGGACAGAUGGUUUGUUUACAAAGCUGAUGGUUUCGACGGUUGUGGCUAGAUGGAAUAGGUGAAGCUCCGCCUCAAGGGCAGAACUAACUUGACUGGUUGGAUGAAAGCUCAGGGGGUGGAGUUUUCAGCGGGUAAAUCCUGUUGCCAUUUCAAAUACCGAUUGCGACUUUUGUUUUCCAAACUUACCUAAAGUUCUUAACUAAUGAUAUUUCUAAUCUAUUGACUUAAAGCGGUUCAGUCAGACACUUAAAUGGGGUAGGGACCAGAAGGUCAUAGGUUUGAAUCUUUCCAAUCAAUGGCCUUUUCUCAAAGAUUUAUUGUUGCCUUUCCCUAGUAGGGAAUUCUCACCCUCAACACCCAAACCAUGUUUCAACUCUUGCUAGUGGGGUUGGAGAAUAUUCUCUAAUGUUUUCGAUUGGGAUUUCAAUUUGAUGGGUGAAUCUCAUUUGUUGCUCUCCGAUUCCUAUCUCCUUGCCUCCUCAAAAUGCACUAGAGGAGAAUAUACCAGGGCAGGAACUGCAGAUAUUCAAGGAAAUACAAUGAGAUUCACGCCGACCAGUUCCCAAAAUAUUGUUGUUCAAGUUAAUAUCGCAAACAUACCAAAUCCAAAAUAUAAAACGUAUAAUCAAGGAGAUUUGAUGAGCCAAAGAAAUGAAUAAUCCAGUGUGCUAGUGCAUGGUGCCUGCUACAUCAGGGAUGUGGCUUUGAUUCCUAUAAGAGACGCAUAAAUGCAAGGGCAUAGCCAAAGGUUCACCACACAAAAUAACCAUGAAUAGGCAAGGAGAUCACAAUUCAAAGGUUCAGGAGGCAAGUUUCAGGCAAAAUAAAGGAUUUUAAUUAUUAACAGUAAUGACAAACUCCAUGUCGGAGAGCUCUCAGUACAGGCCAGGUGCUGCCUAUUUAAACCAUAAUUAGGACAGGUACCCUGAAGAGCUUAACAGGGAAUAGAAACUGUAAAAAGCAUGACAAAAACUCGUCAGGAAUGUGGGGUAGGUAGCCUAGGUAGUCUUCUUACAGUCACAAUAAACCCAUCACAUUUUUUACAAUGCUGUCUAGACUAACUUGCCUAGCAAUCUAAACAUUAUGGCGAAAUGACCAACCAGGUAAGAAGGGAAUGUGCCCAGGAGCCUUGACCUCUAGGAGGCCUCCAUUGAUUUUGUUAGUCACACAGAUGGCAUAAGUCAUGGCAAAAUGUAUAGAAUUGCAGGAAAUUGGCUUGUAAAACAGCAAACUUUUCUAUCAAACCCAUGGCAAAACUGCACCUUUUCUCUCCACCGCCAAGAGGGCGGCACUAAAAAGUUGCCAGCAAGGUUGUUUUGUUUUGCCCAUAAGGCUAGGGACGGCCCUGGGCGGAAAGGAGGAGACUGGAGCCGAAAAGAGAAACGGCAUGCCGUGGGCUAUCAGGUCUCGGAUAUUUAUAUCAAUAUCAGCAGAUACGAUUCCGAUAAAUCAUUUAGAAGCUGGUUUGGGUCCUAUCCAAGUUGUGUUAUGAGGUUAUUGUCCACAGGGAGAUGGUAGAGGACAUAGGAUGCAUCCCAAAUGGCACCCUGUUCCCGAUAUAGUGCACUACUUUUGACCAGAGCCUAUGGGUCUCCGGUCAAAAACAGUGCAUUAUGUAGGGAAUAUGGUGCCAUUUGGGAUGUGCACAUAGCGGGAAAAGCAAAGAUGCUCUUCCACAAAGUAAAAAUCAAUCGCUGGAUAGUGGAUCAUAAUUUCUCUUCAAUGGUAUAAUUCCAACCUGGUUAUGGUUGAGGACAAUGGUGAAGGACUAUCAUUGUAUGGUACACAAGGAAUACAUUCUCAUUCGAUUGAAAGUACAGUAUAUUGAUUUGUCUGUUUAUUGUAAUAAUGGGCCUCCUUGUUUCUGCACCAUUCAAAACAAAUCAUUUGCCGACAUUACUAUGCUUAUGUUAAACAGCAGGAUACACCUCGCAUCAAAGCAAAUGAAGACACUCACGCAUCUAUGAUCAAAUGUAUUUUUUUUUAUAUAUAAAUCAUUCUUACAAAAUCUUCAUUUUUCUAUUUCAUUUAUUACCCCUAUAAAAUUAAUUUGUUAAUUACAAGGUAGGAGGGAGGAAGGCAUCAGGACAGCUGGAAAUUAAGUCAUUAAAAAUAGCUCGUCUGUUUGUGAUACAGUUAAGUACUGAUAAAUAAUUCCAUAGAAAAAGUGGUCAUGCAGGCGUGUUGUUGGUCGUCAACACAGUUUGGUAUCCAACAGAGAAACAAAGUGGUGAUGAAACUCCAGUGUAUGUCGAGAUUAACGAGACCCUUAUAUGGUGCUCCUCUUCUGACUAAUGGUCAAAAUGGCAGUGUGUGUGUUAUCAUGAGCUCACAAACCAACAUUUAUUUUCAUUUUUUAAAGGCACAAUCAAGGACAGUAACCAUCCUGCACAUCCAACCAACCACACUGACAGAGGCCAUGCAUUGCUAAACCAUUAGAAUGUCUGGUAUCUUAUGGUAUUAUGGAAGGAUAUGUUUAACUGAGACGAUCUACUGUUGUAUUACAAGGUCAUAUGUCUAUUUCAUUCAACAUUACCAUUUUGAGUAGACUAUAUUUGUACCAGAUAUGGUCAGAGAGUUGCCAGUUUCCCCAGAAGCAUCAAUGAGUAUGCAGACGUGAACAGUGACAAACAUUACAGUGAAUCUGAGAAGACAUAUUACAGCAACAAAAGAAAAUCCGCGAUCGGUUACAUGAGACCCAGCUGCAUAUUGCAAUACAGUUCACAGAAUCUAAAUGCUCACAGCAACUCUAAUUCUAGAUGAUUUGGUAUCAUCUCAUCUCCUUGCUGAUUCUGAAUUAAAUUACAUGGAAACUUUAUUUCUAUAAUGGUUGCAAUUGCUCUACAUAGGGAUGUUUUUAUUCAGUGGAAAUUAAAAAAUAUAUAUUGACAACAAUGUGGAAAAAAAGAAAUGUACAACUUACAAAAUCAGAAUCUUUUUGCUCAUCAACUGUUCCCUCAGCCAAGAAAUCCUGUUAUUUCCCCCCUGUCUAUUUCAUACUAUACACUGUCUGGUUUUGUUCACAUAUGAAAAUAAAUAUACAUGUUUAUGUACAGAAAUGA